AAGAGUUGGGAUAGGAAUUGUCUUACCGGAAAUGGGUGACGGAACAACAGUCAGCAACCUCCCGGAGGAGAUCCUGUCGAACGUCUUCUCCGCCGUCUCCGACACGCGCACGCGAAACUCGUUGUCCCUGGUGUGUAGAAGCUUCUUCCGGUUGGAGCGCAAGACGCGCAUCUCGCUCACGCUGCGAGGUAACGCGCGUGACCUGCACCUCAUCCCGACCUCCUUCACGCACGUCACACACCUCGACCUCUCCUUCCUUUCACCUUGGGGCCACGCGCUCUUCUGCUCCUCCGCCACCACCACCUUCGACCCGCGCCUCCUCGCGCUCCGCCUCCGCGACGCCUUCCCGCGCGUCACCUCCCUCGCCGUGUACGCGCGCGACCCCGCUACGCUCCAACUCCUCCUCCUCUCCCCCUGGCCAGAGCUCUCCAGCGUCAAGCUCGUGCGCUGGCACCAGCGCCCGCCGACAUCGCCCGCGGGAUCCGACUUCGCCGUGCUGUUCUCGCAGUGCCGAUCGCUAGCCUCGUUUGACCUCUCUUCGUUUUACCACUGGCCGGAGGACCUCCCGCCCGUGCUGGCGGCCAACCCUGACACUGCAGCCUCGCUCCGCCGCCUGAAUCUCUUGACAACCUCCUUCACGGAGGGUUUCAAGUCUCAUGAAAUCGAAUCCAUCACCGCGUCGUGUCCUAAUCUGGAACACUUUCUCGUGGCCUGCACCUUCGAUCCGAGAUAUAUAGGGUUCGUUGGAGACGACACGCUGGUUGCUAUUCCGUCCAAUUGCCCGAAGCUCAAGCUCCUUCACUUGGCCGAUACGUCGUCGUUUUCGAAUCGCAGAGAGGACGGGGGUUUCGGGGGAGAAGAUGGUAGGAUUAGCCGUGCUACUCUUGUGACUUUGUUCUCCGGACUUCCUCUUUUGGAAGAGUUGGUGUUAGAUGUUUGUAAAAAUGUGAGGGAUAGUAGUUUGGCGCUGGAAGUGUUGGGUUCGAAGUGCCCUAAUUUGAGGGUUCUGAAAUUAGGCCAGUUUCAAGGGAUUUGCUUGGCCCUUGGAUCUAAGCUUGACGGAGUUGCCCUCUGCCAUGGGCUUCACUCUUUGUCAGUUGGUAACUGCGCGGACCUUGAUGAUAUGGGGUUGAUUGAAAUUGCCAGAGGGUGUUCCAGGCUGGUUAGCUUUGAGCUUCAGGGUUGCAAGCUUGUGACUGAGCAGGGGCUCAGGACCAUGGCUUGUUUGCUUCGCAGGACUAUGAUUGACGUGAAGGUUUCUGGCUGCGCCAACCUUGACACCGCCGCGACUCUCAGAGCUUUGGAGCCGAUUCGGGACCGGAUUGAGCGGCUACAUGUGGAUUGUGUGUGGAAUGGGUUGAAGGAAAGUGAUGGCCUGGGCCAUGGGUUUCUUAAUUUUGGUCUGAAUGGUUUGGAUGAGCUGGAUGAUGGUGGUGAGUUAAUGGAUUACUUUGGGGGUGGAGAAUGUGAGAAUACAAGCAAAAGGAAGAGGCAAAGAUGCAAGUACGAAAUGGGGGUUCAUGAUUCCUUUUUGGAAAGCAAUGACAAUGGUCUCUACGGCAAGUGCUGGGACAGGCUGCGGUAUCUUUCUCUUUGGAUAAAAGUUGGUGAUCUGUUGACUCCAUUGCCAGUGGCAGGGUUGGAGGAUUGUCCCAAUUUGGAAGAGAUUCUUAUAAAGGUUGAAGGAGAUAGCAGGGGGCAACCGAAACCAGCAGAGCGGGAGUUUGGUCUGAGCAUUCUGGCUUGUUAUCCUCAGCUGUUGAAGAUGCAGCUGGACUGUGGUGAUACCAAAGGUUAUGCCCUUACAGCACCAUCAGGGCAAAUGGAUUUGAGCCUGUGGGAGAGGUUCUUUUUAAAUGGGAUUGGCAGUUUGAGUCUGAAUGAGCUUCAUUACUGGCCACCACAAGAUGAGGAUGUGAACCAGAGGAGUGUGUCACUUCCAGCUGCUGGUUUGCUACGAGAAUGUUAUACUUUGAGGAAGCUCUUCAUUCACGGGACAGCUCAUGAGCAUUUCAUGGAUUUUUUCCUCAAGACACCAAACCUAAGGGAUGUACAGCUGAGGGAGGAUUAUUACCCAGCCCCUGAGAAUGACAUGAGCACAGAAAUGAGAGUGGCCUCCUGCAGCCGCUUUGAAGAUGCACUGAAUAGGCGUCGAAUCUGUGAUUGACUUGUAAUGCUACGCAGUACCUGACAAUGCAAACUGCUUGCAUGAUGUAGAAAGUUUACGUUUCGGAGUUUUUCUCCAUUAUUAACAUCUUGCUCAUCUUUUUGUUUA